AUGUUGAUGAAAAUACUGUGGAGCGCAUUUGUUUUCGCAGUAUUCUGCCAGAGUGCAAUUAAUGCAGCUGGAAUUUGCGGAAAUGCUACCAUUCGGAAGCAUUGGUCUGACUGUCGGAAAUUUGUUGAAUGUGGAGAAUUCAGCACAGUUAUUUUUGAGUGUCCUGAACGAAGCUACUUCAAUCCGGAAACAUUAGUGUGUGACUUUGCAAUGUAUGCAGAAUGUGUAACAGACUUGGAGGCUGAAGUGCAGUUUUUUGGACAGCAGAGAAUGUUGGAAACUACACCGGGAGUGUUGGUUACAAUUGAAACCUGCAAUCAACACCGGUUAGGAAUAAAGCUACCGCAUCCAAUUAAUUGCAAUCAAUUUUAUCAUUGUUCUCCCUCGGGACCUGUUUUGUUUACUUGCCCAGCAGAACUACUCUUCUGCCCUGAAAGGCUAGUUUGCAAUUGGCCGCAAUUCGUGACCUGUGGUAGUGAAGAAGUAAUAACCCCUUCUGAAGGAUGUCAAGUUAACUGCUUCCCCGACAAUCGAUGUCCUAUUAAUUGUUACCCAGAUUUAAAUACUACUGUAUUGCCACACCCUAGUAGAUGUGACGCGUUUCUUCGAUGCAUUGAUGGAUGUGCUUGUUUCGAAGAUUGCACGCCUGGCCUAUACUGGAGUAGUAAUCUUGGACGUUGCGUAGAACGCUAUCGAUCUGAAUGUACGGAAAUUGAAAGGCCUGCAUGUCCAUCCUAUAACUGUGCGCCAAGCGAUCUUUGUCCUCAGGAAGAUCCAGAUUAUCCCAUUCGUUUUCCACAUCCCGAAAGAUGCGACGCAUUCAAGCAAUGUUUUGAAGGUGAACUCUGUACAAUUGAAUGUCCAGAUGGUUUGGAGUUCAAUCCGGAAGAGGAAGUUUGUGAUAUUCCAUGGGGUUGCAUCGAUAGUACAACUGUAUCAACAACAACUGUUACGCCUACAACUGUGACACCAACAACUGUAACACCACCAAUUGAUGGACCAACUGACGAAACAAUAACUGAAGCACCAACAACUGUAACACCAACAACUGUAACACCAACAACCGUAACACCAACCACCGUAACACCAACAACCGUAACACCAACAACCGUAACACCAACAACCGUAACACCGACAACCGUUACACCAACAACCGUAACACCAACAACCGUAACACCAACAACCGUAACACCAACAACCGUAACACCAACAACCGUAACACCAACAACCGUAACACCAACAACCGUAGCACCAACAACCGUAACACCAACAACCGUAACACCAACAACCGUAACACCAACAACCGUAACACCAACAACAGUAACACCAACAACCGUAACACCAAAUGAGGAUGAUGAUUUAACAACCGUUUCUGCAUGCCCAACGUGCCCUCCAGGUGCUUGUACACCCGAUGACAGAUGUCCGACUGGCGGUUGCCAAGAGUGUGAUCCUCUUCUUCUACCGCAUCCUGACAACUGCGGCAUGUUCUUGAAAUGCACUCAUGGGUUUGCAUGUGAAAUGACCUGUCCUGAUGGCCUACACUGGAGCAGUGCAUUGAACCGCUGUGAGUGGCCAGAAAAUGGUGACUGUGCUUCAACCCCUCAAAUAAAGUAUUAA